AUGGGUGCCAUUGCGGGAUAUGUAUACGUACAGAACUUAAAAUUAGCCUACCUAAAUUUCCACGAUCCGCUACCGUACUUUCAAUUCAGUUCCCGUAGCCUGCCUAGCACACUGAUGUCAAUUGAUAAUUUUAUGGCAGAUGAUCAGAUAUGAACAGUAAUUUUAUCGUUACUUCCGAAAUUUGUUUACGUAAUUUCAGCCAAAAGUUGGUACUCUUAAAUUAAUCUUUUAAUCCGAGUACUAGUUGAUUGGAUUGAAUCAGCAGUGUGUUACCAGCGGGUUAUUACGAGUGACUGUAGUUUCACAAUUUCACAGUAAUUAUUAGUGUAGUUUUAUAUCCGUGUAUUGUACUCGUAGUUUUCAUAAGAAAAUGGCAGCCGCCACAGCGUGUAUCGAAAAAGGACCUAUUUAUACUACGAUUUACAAAAACAUCACCUAGUGAGCUAGGUUUUUAAUUAUAACCUCUAGACAUCAUUGGGAGGUUAUCACAACCUUGGUCUGAACUCUGAAGUGAAUCCUGGAAUUGUGGAUCGCCGGGCUAGUUGACUCCUCGAAUUAAUCUGACUUCUUACCUAUCAUUUGGUAAGAUGAUACUAACUUUCAUCCGACGUCUUUGCGAUCCACAAGUACUGUACAAGUACGGUACAAUCAUGCGAACGUUCUUCCUGCGACUACCGGUGUCGCUGAUUGCGAGGAAGUUCUCUUGUCAGCACAAAAUGCUUGACCGAUCUUACGUUGCAAUGCCGUCCUUGAAACGUUACGGAAGUGAGCAAUUUGAAAAAAGUUUCGGAUACUGUUCCAUACUGGAUCCGGCCAACGAGUUGGACCGGAAAGCGAAAAUCGUCGAUAUGCGCUCCGAUACGGUGACUCAGCCGACACCGGAAAUGCGGGAAGCCAUGGCGCACGCCAUAGUGGGCGAUGACGUGUAUUUGGAAGAUCCGACAGUGCGAUUACUGGAAAGCACCGCGGCGGACAUGUUAGGCAAAGAGAGCGCUCUUUUUGUUCCCUCCGGCACCAUGGGCAACCUGAUCAGUGUGAUGAUACACUGCCAGGAUCGCGGUUCGGAGGUGCUGCUGGGCGAUAAAUCGCAUAUUUUCAUGUACGAGCAGGGAGGCAUUUCGCAGUUCGGGGGUGUACAUGCGCGAACACUGAAUAAUCUGCGCGGUGGAACAUUUCUGGUCGACGAAAUGGUGUCGAAAAUUCGAACGGCCGAUGAUAUUCAUUAUCCGCGCACGCGAUUGCUGUGUUUAGAGAAUACGCAUAACAUGUGUGGAGGAAAAGUGCUGCCGUUGGCUUUUCUGACCAAGGUCACCAAAAGGGCAAAGGAGAAUGGCGUACCGGCCAUUCACAUGGACGGAGCCAGAUUGUUUAAUGCUGCAGUGGCUUUAAAUGUUCCCAUAACGAAAUUACUGGAGAACAUCGAUUCUGCCAGCGUGUGUCUUUCAAAAGGUUUGUGCGCUCCUGCUGGUUCCUUAAUUGUCGGAAGUGACAAAUUUAUUGCGGAAGCGCGACGACUGCGGAAAGCCUUGGGGGGCGGUAUGCGACAAGCGGGAAUAUUGGCUGCUGCCGGUUUAAUCAGUUUAGAAAAAAUGACCGCUCGAUUAGAGGAAGACCAUUCGCGAGCGCAGCGCCUAGCGGAAGCCAUUGCCAAUUAUAAAUCGCCUUUCUUCCGCGUCGACGUGCAAGGUGUCCAUACCAACAUUAUCCUCAUUGAUCUGCAGACCGAUCGUCUGCCGCCGUCGAAAUUCUGCAAGAGGCUCGUGUCGGCCACGGAACAGGAAGUCAAGGAACUGGGCGAAACUAUUUAUGUCCGAAUGUUUCCUUUCGGUCACAACAUCGCCAGAGCGGUGGUGCACAAUAAUCUCAAAGAUGUCGACAUUGAAAUGGUCAUGUCGAAGCUGCAGUAUGUGGCUGAUGAGCUGCAGGAAACCGAGUUCGUCUAUCACUAACGUGAUAGUAACGUCAAGUUUUAUUUCUGUUCUGUUAAUCGAAUGUUGGAUUCUGCUUUCAGUGUUGAAUUUCGACACAUUAAGUAAUAAUAAGUAGUAUUAAUCAGUGCGCAGAUCCUCUUCCAGUAAUUUCAGACUCGGUUAGCAGCAGGAUCGGCUCUAUCAGCCAACUUUUUAAAAAUUAGAAUUAAUACUUCUAUUAAUAAAUAGAAAAUCGAAUUAAAAAAAUGAAUUUCCAGCGUGGGAAAAAUAAUUUCGAUAAUUCGGAAAGAAAAAUCGUGAUUGGCUGGCUGCGGAUAAGCCCCGCCCCCCAAGCACAACAAUAGAAUAUUAAAAUUCAAAAUUCAAAAUUACGUAAUUGGCCUAGUGGCUAACGUACCCCGGCACCACUGGUACCGGGUGCAAACAUUCCACUCUUGCUCUUCUUCAGUUUCCAGAUCACCGUAUUUCAAAACAGCAUUUUCUAUUUUCGACCUGUAUCCUUGAAAUUAACACUUGUGACCAUGGUUAAAUUUCAAUGUAAACAGUGUGGAAAAAUUAUUGCACGUAGAGAUGAUAUGCAACGCCAUAUCAAAGAAGUUCAUAGUAACAAGAACCGCGUGACCUGUGAGAACUGCCGCACCGAAAUGCUUCAGCGAGCACUUCCACGCCAUCAGCGCAGUAACUGUCCACCAAAAAGAAAACCGCGGGAGCCCCGCCUGAAAGCCGUUGUUCCUACGGGGAAGCGUAAGCCUACGAACCCCACGGCGGUUACACCAGCGACAGCAGCUCAACCUGCAUGGAAUUCUACAAUGCCGCCGUCAACUGGAUCAA